CGCCCAGGUCACUCCCAUGAGCAUGCAUUCAAGGGGAUAGACCGUGGCUUUCCCCCCGCCCUGCGCGAAUUACAAAGGCGGCCAACACCAGAUCGAAAGAUCGAGUGAAAGUCUACGAGUACGUGCGUCAGUAGGCGCACGGAAGGGUGACGGCAGUUUGUUUAUUUUUCCUCCACCGUUCGCCCGAUCGGCAACGGGGAGGUGAUGGACGCUAGAAAAAGAUGGAGUUCAGGCGUUGUCUGAACCGCCUCUCGAACCAACUCUCCAGGCAGAACCUGGAGGACAUGAAGUUCGUCUGCAAGGAUCACGUGCCAGUGGCGCGGAUGGAGCGAGUCCGCAGCUCCCUGGACAUAUUCCAGGCCCUCGAGGAACGAGGCAAACUCUCGUCCAACGACACCGCCUUCCUCGUCAAGGUCCUUGUCAGUAUCGAGCGCUCGAAUCUCGUCCCUGAGCUCGUUUCGGCAGGGUUUGCCCACCAAGAAGCUCUCCAACGAAACCACACCUCGGCCGCUCCAGCACCCCCUCUGCAAGGGGGUGUACGUCCACACCAACACCCCGGCCCUCCGGUACAGAGCCGGGAGCUAGUGUUCAACGAAAUGCUCCUCAAGAUUGCGCAAAACCUGAGCGCGAGAGACGUCGAAGCGCUGACCUUCACGCUGUGCGACUCUCUCCUGGGGAUGAAUGCUGACAGGGUGUCCUCGGCGACGCAGCUGUUCCAGCUUCUCCAGCAGCGGCAGAUCGUGACUCCCACCAAUCUCCAGGCCCUCUACAACGAACUGGAGAACAUUGGCCGCAGCGACCUAUCUAAGAGGAUCAACAACUACCUUGAUGAAAUUGGCAAACCACCCUGUCAGCCCGGCAUGGAUGAAGAUGGUGCUCCAGUAAAUGGGGGACUCCCACCAGUGUCCAGAAUGACCAUUGCCCCGACUGAAGAGACUCAGUACCCGCGGCAUUUGACGUCUGCCCCACCCCCUCCCCAACACGCACAACCACCAGCGGACCACUACAACCACCGCUACCAACAACAGUACCCUGCCACCACGGACCAAACGUACCACCACCACCAGUCCUACCGUGUCACGGAGGGCGGCCAGCCUAUCAGCUCGCCCAGCGACACCGCAGGAUCCACUCUGACGUCGAUGGCAACCGGCACGUACAUCUCCGGCCCUGCCUCCUCACAGAUAUCGUACCCAACUUCCGAGUCUUCGGCCAUGGACCCCGAGUCCAUGAGAGCCCAGAGUGGAGAGCACGAUCAUCACGCGCAGCGACAGCAGUGGAGUUUUGUCCCAAGCCAAGUGUACCCGAUAUCCACCCGACCUGGCCUCUCUGUGGCGGAAACUGGGGGACACGACGUUCCACUGCAGGACCAACCGCUCGGUCUCUCAUUCGACGCAAACGAAGACGACAAGCAGAGAGAGAGGGAGGAAGGGGAAGGAGGGAUUGGGUCGGAGAUGAGCAAAAUUGAGCUCCAAGACCUCCAGAAACAGUGGACGCAAACACAGGAGCUGCUCAUGGCAAAGGAGCAAGAGCAGAAACAGCUGAACGAAGACCUCGAAAACCUUCAGCAAUAUACGGCAAAGAUAGUGGAGGAGAAGGAGGGCGAGAGCGUGCAGUACGAGGUUAACAGGCGGGAGCUGGAAACGGCGCUCCGGGUGAAGAUCAAAGAGAUCGAGGUGCUGCGUCAGCAGGUGCAGGGGCUCCAGAAGGCGCCGCGACAGCUCCCCACCGAAAUGAACCCCGAGGAGUUCUAUAUUCUCAAUAAGAACCCGCACGGGGUUUGCCUCAUCAUUAACAACUACCAAUUCUACCACGAUACCGACCCCAGCAAGGCUCACCCCGAUCGCGGGGGAGCGGAAAUCGACCAGUACAACCUCACCCAGACCUUCCGCUACCUCCGAUACAAGGUCGAAGUUCGCGAGAACCUCACUGCCGACCAGAUGACGGAUUAUCUCCUGCGAAUGAGUCAGCGAGACCAUUCGGGUUACGACAGCUUCAUCUGUUGCAUCUUGUCUCACGGGGAACACAACAUCAUCCACGGAGCCAACAGCGAACCGGUCAACGUGGACGACCUCACUGGCGUAAUGAAGCUCUGCACGUCGCUGCGUAACAAGCCGAAGCUGUUCUUCAUCCAGUGUUGCCGUGGCGAGGCGGAAGAGGUCGGAUUCGAGAAAGACAACCCGGGGGACAGCACGUUUCGCUCCACGAUCCCCCGUGACACCGAUUUCUUUCUCGGAUAUGCGACCCCCCUGGGUAAGGCGGCGUACCGUAGUCGGAAACACGGGUCGUGGUAUAUCUCUGAGCUCUGCAAGGUGUUCACGCAGUACGGCUACCACAAUUCGCUCAGCAGUAUGAUGAGGAGGGUGAACCUGCAGGUGUCCAACGCCUUCACGAAGGACGGAUACAAACAGUGCUGCGAGUUUGUCGACAGGCUACGCAAGGAGGUCCACUUUUUCUAUUUCAUUCGCAACAGAUCCAAGUCGUCCCAGUAACAAGCUUGCCCCCAUCUUUUCACACACACACACGUUCGUGUAUACUAUAUAGUAGCAUAGUUAAUGUGCACUAAAUAGAAUUGAGCUGGCUGUUUGGUUGUAGUUCACUUUGUCUGAAAAAAUUAUAUUGACACACCACAAUUAAGUGUGAAAAUAAUCAUUAUUAUACUACUUUUUACAUUCAGGAUAUACAACAACAAAAAUCAUCAUAAAUAUGCACUUGGUGUAACACGUUCAUCAAUUUGCACCAAGAAACAUUGUUCAGGAUCACUGUGAGGAAAACUUGAAGCGGAGUCCGUAUCUGAAACUGGACGUAAUCUCGGCACACUGCCGGGCCUCUGAAGACCCAGCAACCAGUCUGUGUGGAUCUCCCUCGCGGAUGACUCCAUGGGCAUCGCACACUUCUCUGUUCACCUCGUGCAUGAGGGCAGAGAGGGUGGCGUUGUGGCGGGCGGGGCUGGUGAACACCCGGUGGAGAGUGCUGACAAACCAAGAACCCGUCGAGGGAUCGCGGAAGGAGGCAGAGUUGGGAGUCGUCGCAUUUGCAACGAAGAUGUCUGCGUCUUGUUUGGGAGCGUCUGGUUGGUAGCGAGUCAAGUUCUCUGUAGUGGGCGUCGAGCUGGGUUUAGUGCGACAGGCCUGCAGGAAAAACAUCUUCGGUUUUUCAAGCAGUGUCGCGGAUUGCUUCACGGCUUGAAUCAGCUCUACUCGCUUCACUCCGACGCUGUCUGCACCAUACACGUUCUCCUCAUCACCGUGUGUCGAUAUGCAGCAAACGAAGCUGUCGUGAGCGUCGUGGUUUUCCGCGGACACUUUCGCGAUAACCUGGUGCAUUUGAACACUGGUCAGAUUGGGGUAGGCUUCCACUGAGUAACCGAGGUGUUCAAACGUUUGCCUGAAGAGGUCCAUGUCUCUCUUGGCUCCCGCUCGUGGUCGAAGCACUAGUUCGGAAUUAGGGGUAAAGGUGUCGUUUACGAUGACGAUGGCUUUCCCGUGAGGAGGGACGGCGUUCAUGUGGUACAUCUCGGCGUCCUCGCCUCUCUGGAGCUGUCCGUCCAGCAGCUCGACCUGCUGGCGUAAGGCACUGACUUCCUCGUUCUUCCGCCUCAAUUCCUCCACAAUUUCCCGGCUGUUUUCCGCGUGAAGUCGCUCGUGUUCCAGUUGGUCUUCCAGCUGUCGUACUCUCUCCACUGCCUCGGUUCUCUCCCGCUGGAGCUGCUGCGUGUGUGUACGACGUGGCAACUCAGAGCUGUCGACCGCGUGGUUCACGGAGCGACCGGUUUGCAGACCUACCAAUUUCCCCACGGUACCCCCAACAGACUGAGCCACACCAUCUUCAGGCUGGCCUACUGAGGCAGCCUGUUGCUCUAUAGGGGGCACCCUGCGGUGGGUGUUCCCCCCGGCCACCAACAUCCGACUGCUCUGCCCCGCCCCCUGUUCAGACACCGGGUGGGCAUGAACUGAAUCAGUGAGUCCGGACUUGAAACGCCCGGAUUGCUGCUGUUGGGGCUGUCGGGGGAGGUUCACCGGUCGUGAAUCGCCCACUACCUUCCCUUCCGAGCUAUCGAACGAAAAGUUGCUGGACAAAGAGUCCCUGCUGGAGUCCAAGACAAACUGUCGAUCUCUGUACACACCACCGCCUUCCACAUGCACCCCUCUCCCACCUCCCCCACUUUGAUCGCUCCCGUCUGACACGCCUGACACACUGUCCAUGUACUCGUUGAUCUUGUCCCGCAGGUCUAUUCGCCCAAUGGCCUCCAUGACCCGCCUCAUCUCGCCGAGAUCUGUCGGAGAAAUUAUCUUCUCCUGUUUGAGAAUCUGAAACAGCCCCGCCGGGUCGCGGAGGCACUGGACCUCCUGCGCGCUGAGCCCCGUCACUUUGCAGCUCUGGAAGAAGUAGGCAGCGUGUUUCAGGUCUCGCUCGGGGAGCUCACUGCCAAGCGAGACGAGGAACGAGUUGAAUUUGAUGGUCAAGGGGUCCGCCGGAUCGAGAGACGGGGGUCCGCUCGUGGCGGUCUCGUAUAAACCCCCGUUCUCGUGGCUGGCCGGGUUGGCGAUGGCUUCUUUCAGUUGUUUGACGAGGUGGCCUUUGCUCACGGAGUCCAAGAUCAUCUGCAAGAAGUCCAGGUUGGUGGGAGAGAGGAGAUUGACGUCCUCCAGGGCCGAGAACAGUUGGGAACCCGUGGUGAUACCCUCCACGACCCGCCUCGUGAGUAAGUCGGUGCACAAGAACUUGAGGUUCUUCACGUCGGCGUUGGUGAGUCGGUUGGAUAUGUUGAACAGCUGCUUUCUGAAGACAAACGACGGCCGAGUACUUGCAGACAUCGUGAACCUUCUCCUAGAUCCAGAAAUAUUGAAGGUGGAUGAUCUAGCUAGCUAGCUAGGGAUACCGAGAAGGGCGAGCUUGGGG